AUGGCCGGCAAAAAGCGUACCCGCUCCGAACAAGUCACAGCCCAGGGCGACAAGCGUACCAAAACCAAGGAACCGCCUAUCAUCAAGGAGGACCAUGCGGCUUUCGCACCUCAGCCUGGUGUUUCUGAGAAAUCCGAAGCCGUUGUUUCAGUUGAGGUAUCUGUCGAGGCAGAGCAAGCCAUCGUACCCAUCGCUAGCACGACCAAUCCUAACACCACGGUUCAAAAAGAGAAACACGAGGAUGACGUCGACUGGUCCGAUGAUGAGUGCGAGACCGUAGACGGCGGUGAAGCUGCACAGAAUACUUUCCCUGAGAGUGAAGCUGCGUCUGAGUACGAUAUUGAGAUCAUCACCGGCGACGAAGCUGAUAUCACACUGGUUGGUAGUGAGGACAUCGAACAGGUCGAGAUCGGAAAGCUCGUCGGCGAAGAACCACUACUUUGUAAUAAGCUCAGUGAAGAGAUUGUAGAGUCUGUUUCGAAGCUCACUAAGAAUAAUGUGGACCGGGAGAAGAAAGUUGCUGAAAAGGACGACUCUGACACCAAAGUCAAGGUGGUAGAAGGCGCAUAUAAGAAGAAGUCGAAAGAAGAGGAGGCAAUCAAGAGGCAAGAAAGCAACGAGGCGUACUCUGCUGAGGGGAGGAACAUAAUCUUCAAAGGGAUUGAAACCAGCCUUCAGUUCGCCGACCUCGCGAUGUGGGUUGGUGUAGCUGCGGUUGGAACGACAGAAACUCGUCAUAUAACGGUCGACGGGAUCACUAUCGAAGUUACGGUUAAAUUUCUGGAAGCAAAUUUCGAUAAGGAGAUCGAUUUUGCUGAUGGUGCUGGAGACACCGUUCUUCCGACUACUGAACCACGCCCAAAGUUUGCUGUCAACACUGCUUUUGCUUCCAAGUCAGGAGAAACUCCCUCUACGCGGACUUGUAACUCUGCUACACCCUCCACCGUCAUCGCAUGCAGAUUCGGUGUUGAUUGCAAGAAGCAAGCAACCUGCAUGUUUGACCACAGUCAGCCUCCUCCGAAGAAGAUGUGCUCUUUUGUGAACACCAACAUGGGUUGCAGUAAGGGCUCGAGAUGCAUAUAUACCCACGAGCAUGAAGGUCAGAUGUGUCCUUUUGGGACGGUGCGCAAGGACUGCCCUAACACAUUCAAGUGUUCUUUUUUGCAUAUGGAUGAUGAUCCGCCUAUCAAAAAAGAGGAAUUGUCGAAGUUCCAGGUUCCUAAUGGGCCAAUAGUUUGCGAGGCUUCUGCGGCAGAUAUUGCGGAGCGUGCUGCGAUCAAUCGCGCAUCCCGGGAAGCAUCAGCGGCUAGUGCUCCACCACCAAACGCUCCUACAGGUCCAAAGAGCAACAAGCGUAGUCGUGGUGCCGACGAUGCAGACACAGGCAUUCAAGCUCAGCGUUUUCGCCGCAAUUAUCAAACGCCUACGUACCUUAACCAGCAGCAACUUCAGCCGCAACAAUGGCAAGCGACGCCUGGCUUCGCUCCUCCACCAGUCCAGUUCAUUCCUUCUCUGGGCGGGUAUAACUCUUCGCAGGGCCGGUACGUUCCUGCCCAAGCCAUAUACCAUCCUCAACAGGGCUUUCUCAGAUCAGAUGACGCUGGCAACCAGCAGCAUGACGGAGGUCAUGAUCGUCGUCGCGGACGUGGUGACAGUCGAACGCACGGUGGUAUUGGUCGCGGGAAGGUACGCCAGAACGACCGCCAGCAGAGUGGCAGUGGUGGUGUAGGUCAGGGCUGGGGCAUCAAGGUCAGAGGAGCCGCUGAAAUUGCAUCUCCAGGUGCAGGUGAUAGCAGAAUCAACGUCCAGGGGUCUGGUAAGAAAGCGUAA